AUGACGGAUAGCAUGAAAGAGGAGCUGAGGAAGGCACCUUUUGUUGCGGUCAUGUUGGAUGAAACGACAGACAUUAGCAACGUGGCGCAGAUGUCAUAUGUGCUUCGAUAUGUCACUGACGAUGGGAUAAAAGAGCGUUUCUUCAAGUACGAAGAUGUGACAGAGGACAAACGAGCAGAGGCCAUAGCUACACGGCUGCUGGAGUUCCUGAGGGAGAGUGGCUCCGCUCAGCAAAGCGCACCAAGCUACUGGAUGAUAUUUGCCAGCAUAGGGGCAGCUCCUACUCGCUGGUGCUUUCAUUCUCGCUUGGUGUGCACAGUGGCAGAGAAGACCAGGGAAUUGAGAGAGGUGUUCGAGCACAUCGUAGACCAUCACACAGAGUUUGAUGACGAAACUGUUCAUUGCUCUGAUGGAUACAUCACCCUCCUUACCAGCUUCGAUUUCAGCUUUUGGUUGAAAACCUUCCACGCUAUCUUCUCCUACUCGGAUGUUGUUUUUGAAAUACUUCAGAACAAAGGUUUUGAUAUGCAGUUCUGCCUGGCCAGAGUGGAUCAGCUACAGCGACAAAUUGAACAGGAGAAGGGGAACUUUGACAGCGUCUACGAUGAAACCCAGGCUUUGGUUGGUCCUCCGCGCGGCCGUGGAGCUCAAGGAGACGUUCGUGCACGGUAUAGGGAGCUCCACUGCAGCGUAAUUGACAGCCUGCUAACCCAGAUUUCCAACCGCUUCAGUGACCACAAAAAGCUGGAAUUCCUGGCCCUUCUGGACCCGCAACAGUUCGGGCAUUACUGUAACUAUUUCCCAACUGCUGCCUUGAACAGUUUGAUGGAGAGCUAUGGCGGAUAUUUCGACCAGCCUCGACUGCACACGGAACUCGCCGUGAUGUACGGCAUGUCUGACAUUUUAGGGAAAAGCCCAGCCGACAUUCAUCAGUUUCUCCUCAAAAAAGGACUGAGUGAAAGCAUGAAACAGGUGUACACCCUCUCAUGCAUCAUCCUGACAAUACCUGUGUCCACUGCCUCUGUGGAGAGGUCCUUCUCUGCGCUGAAGCGCAUAAAAAGCUACUCGAGGUCCACGACUGGGCAAGUCCGACUGUCAGACUUGGCCUUAAUUUCGAUCGAGAAGGAAUUGCUGAUUGCUUUAAAAGCAAAGGAUCAGCUGCAUGACCCGCCAUCAAGUUCUUCAUCCAAAAAGACAGGAGGAUGGACUUUGUGUUUAGGUGAUUUGAUCAUCAAAGGUCGCUCCAUAAAUCCGCCGGGUUCCAGUGCGUAA